AUAACAAAAUUCAAAAUUUUAGUUUUACAUAGUCCGAUCUCCAAAUAAAACUUGCAAUAUGUACAAAAUUCCAUUUAAACAAAUUGUUUCAAAAUUAAACGUUUCGACCCGUACUUACAGCGAAAGUUCCAGGUACAAUUUUUUUAAAUAUUAUCCAUUAUAUUCUGCGUUAUGGAAACAAACCAAUUCUCUUGAAUAUGCGUUAGAGAAGCAGAAGGAAAUUGUUGAGAAGUUUUGUGAUGACUAUGAUCCUCGAAGAACGGAUUUCGUUAAACCAAAUUUAAUGUUAUUGGAUCGGCGCUCAAUCGUUAAAGCUUUGAAAAAGCUAACAUCUCUUGAGAAAAAAAUGGAAUAUUUGCAUAAGAAGAACAGACAUAAGGAGUAA